CACAGUUUUCUCUCUGCUUCAAGCACCCCGCCAUAUCAGUAACGACCACGAAGAUACGCGAAGCCGCACCAAUAACCACUCUCGGAGCGUUAUUGGAAGACCACAGCAAUCAUGUCGAAGAUUACGGUCGCUGGUGUGCGUACCAACGUGCAAGAGCUGCUCAAGUACUCCAAUGAGGAGAAGAAGCGCAACUUCCUCGAGACCGUCGAGCUCCAGAUCGGCCUCAAGAACUAUGACCCACAGCGUGACAAGCGUUUCAGCGGCACCAUCAAGCUGCCAAAGAUCCCACGCCCAAACAUGAGCAUCUGCAUUCUCGGUGACCAGCACGAUAUCGAUCGUGCCAAGCACGGAGGUGUCGACGCCAUGUCCGUAGAGGAUCUCAAGAAGCUCAACAAGAACAAGAAGUUGAUCAAGAAGCUCGCUCGCAAGUACGAUGCCUUCAUCGCUUCCGACUCCCUCAUCAAGCAGAUUCCUCGUCUGUUGGGUCCAGGUCUCUCCAAGGCCGGCAAGUUCCCAACCCCAGUCUCUCACGCCGAUGACCUUUCCGGAAAGAUCAACGAGGUCAAGUCGACCAUCAAGUUCCAACUGAAGAAGGUGUUGUGCAUGGGUGUCGCUGUCGGCAACGUGGACAUGACCGAGGACGAGCUGAUCGGCAACAUCAUGUUGGCCAUCAACUACCUCGUCUCUCUGCUGAAGAAGGGCUGGCAGAACGUGGGCAGCUUGGUCAUCAAGGCCAGCAUGUCCCCACCAAAGCGCCUGUACUAGACGCAUUCCUUCUCGUAAGGUAAUGCUCAGUCUGUGUCAUAGCCGAUCUAGAGCUUGGAAGGCUACUCUGAGGGUGUAUCUAUCUUCGUUGAUAGUUUAGCGCUGUUCGCCUUAACUGGUAGAACAGCCAAAAGAGCCCCAGUUCUUCCAAUUCCUUCAUGUCCAUUGUACUAUUCCCCGCCCGUGAGAAUGGCGAUAGCCCAAAGGUCAUGGCCACACCAUUGCUCCCUCCACUGCCGCUCAUCGACUGCGAUCUGACCUUGCGUGUUACUGCUCCCACAACUCGGUUGCACCCUUGCGAGAGCAUAUGGACAGGAUCUCUUUGAUACAGCUUGCUGCCAAUCAUAACAGUACUAUCGAACACAGCUCUUGUGUCCCGGCCGGCGUGGCCUGCAUAACGGAAUAACGUUCACCUUUGUCACCUUGAACUUGUUGAUCAGACGCCCAUCAAGCACCUGGUGGGAACAGAUCGGAAAUAAUUCGGGCAUUGACUUUCGUCCACUGCAGACAUGCACCCG